AAAGCUAAAUAAAGCCUAGGCACCAAAGAGAAGAAAACUCAGAGUCUGCCGGCCCAGUCCAAUGAAGCCUUUAGCUCGAGUUUAAUUCACUAAAGCACCCCAAAAACAAACUUUUUGGCUCUUAAGUCAACUUAUCACAACCUUGGGUUAAUCAAUUAGUCCCUCAACACCUUCAAAUUACCCUGACCCUUUUUGGACUUGCCUACCGGUGUUUGAUAAACAGAGCUAUCGAAGUUUUGUUCUCUACGAUGACUGUCACUUAGCAUGCUGUCUUAAUCUUACCAUCGCGUGUUUUAGUAGAUGUAGUGAUCUGCCCUUACUUGGAUCGAGAUUUCAUUGAUUUCUCCGUUCCCUCAUUGGAAUAGUUAGUUAGUGAAACCUCAACAUGAGUCAGUCUAAGUCGCCAGCGCCCGCUAGUUCCACGCCCCAACCCGCCCCUUUUGUUCAUCCCGUGUUCGAAAUCAUCCAAAAUCAAGCCCAAGAUGAUCCUGAUUUGGUGGCCAAGUUCUUCGACGAUCCGCAGGAUGUGAUCAGCUCCCAAGUCGAUCUGGAGGACGAGAACGGUUGCACAGCCUUGAUCUUAGCCGCAUGGAAAGGCAAACCCCGGAUCUUGCAGUUCCUCAUUGAUCGGGGUAUUCCGGUUAACGGCGGCAACCAUGAGCACGGCUACACGGCCUUGCAUUUUGCGGCUUUAUCUGGCAAUCCCCGAGUCUGCGAGAUCCUCGUUCAAAAUGGGGCCAAUCCUGAAGCCACCAAUUCGGUCAAACGAACCCCUUCGCAAAUGGCUGCUUUUGUGGGCAACCACACUUGUGUCUCGAUUAUCAACAACUUCGUCCCCAAAGAGAGCGUUUAUUACUUCACCCGGAAACAACCCUUGGAAGAUGAAGCCAAAUUACCCAUUAAGUUGGCUAAACCCAUUCAUACUCUGGUCAUGAAGAUGAAUACCCACCCCGUGAGUCUGGCCUUGCAUUUACGAUCGAAUCCUGAAUUAUUGGAGAGUAUUGAGAAAGUCGUGGACAUUUUGGAGCGCAUGUCCAAUCGAGAGUUCAAAGAUCGGAAAGAUGUCAAUGAGGUGCUUUCGCUGAAGUUCCAUAUUAUAUACUACGUCCUCAAAGACAUCAUGAAACAGAAAAAGAAAUACGAUGAUGGGCCCAAGAAGAAUACCUCUUUCAUUGAUCUGUGGAUCAAAUCUAUGCUAACGGGACGUGAAAGCGAUGGCUAUCCCGUAUUCCAAGAAGAUUUUCUUCGUCAAGGUGUCAAGGAGUUUCCCUACAAAGAAGCGCAGCUGUUCAAGAUCCUGGUGUCGAAUUUCUCUCAUUGCCAAAAUUACGGCGAUUCCAUCACAGCCGCCGAGUUUAUCAAUCAGUCUUUCAAUGGUCAGAAAGGCUUUAAAGACAAAGAAAAUUGCGAUUCUUGUGGAAACGAAGAUGCGCCAAAGAAGUGUGCUAAAUGCAAAUCAGUCCAAUAUUGCGAUCAAACUUGCCAAAAGUUGCAUUGGUUCAUGCACAAGAAGUAUUGUGACAAGUUGAAAGAGACCCACCUUAAGCAAAUGGAGACCAUUUCGAAGGGAGCUCAAGCACUCCAAAGCUAAACAAAGUGAACCCUUGGGCGUUCCAAAAUAACCGCAUCUAAUACGUGUCCCUAGAUUUAAUGUCAAUAGUGUCAUAUUAAUCAUUGAAUCAUGACCAAGCAAUGCA